CUUUAGGCACCCAAGCACAAGUUUGAAUCUGUGAGAGGAGUUAUGGUUGGGAAACCUGAAAGAGCACGUUUCUGAAAGGCCAUGGAGGUUUGGGUCCAGGUCCUGUUUAAUGUGAUUCUCCAGAUUUUGUCACUCACAGCAGCCUGACUGACAGGAAACAGGAAUUCAGCAACCAAACUGUGAACUGUAUCAGUAAUGUGUUCUAUCUUGACUGCAAUCAUUUUUUUAACAUUGGAUGCUGUAAACUGUGAAGCUACAAUUGGGAACCUGCAUAUGUUGGAUUCAGAAGAAAGGGUCACAAGAAGUCUCCAAAGAAGACCCAUAUCUGGUUAUCCCAAGGAUUGCAGCAAUGUCAGGGGUCGAAAUGGCGUUUACGUUAUCCAGCCUACCGGUUCCAUUCCAGUUGUUGUGUAUUGUGACAUGAGGACAGAUGGUGGUGGAUGGACUAUGAUUCAAAAGAAUACUUUUCCUUCUAAAAUUACCUGGACAGAAUACUGGACAGCUUACAAGUUUGGUUUUGGCAACAUCCUUCAGGAUCACUGGUUGGGAAAUGAAUAUAUAUAUAACAUCAUACGUCAGGGAACCUACAAAAUAAAAUUCUUGCUGAGGGACAGGAGAAAUAAGCAACGUUUUGCUGAUUAUGAUCUGUUCUCUAUAGGGAAUGAAACAAGUGGUUACAGGCUGAACUUAGGUAGAUACACAGGGAAUGCAGGCAAUUCAAUGGUAUUAACUGGGAGCACUACUGUUCAUGAUAACAUGAAAUUUUCAACAUUUGACCGAGACCAGGAUAGGUCAAGAUCAAACUGUGCACAAAGUAGCAGGGGAGCCUUCUGGUAUAAUGGCUGUUUCCGGGUUAACUUAAAUGCACGUUAUAUUUAUUGGUACAGUUUGUGCACCAAUAACUGCAAGUCUUCUCAGAUUCUUAUCAAACCUAACGAUGUGUGUAGGCGGGCAUACUUACACAAGUAGAUGAAAGGUGACACAUUCCUGGUGAUCCUUCAGCUUGGGAUAGAUGUUUCUUGCGGAUCGGUAUUGAUCUAUAUUUUCUUUUGGGGAGCUGAGUUUCUGUGUGAAAUGCCAGAUUUACAGUAAAGUGAAGCUAAACCUGGCACUUGACUGGCACUUGACUGUAACUAUAUUGCUUAAAAGUCUAGAAAUCGUCACAAAUAUGCCAAAGGUUACUCUCAGGUUUCGACCAGUCUAGAUCCAUAUUCUGAGAUGUGGCGAUGCCGGUGUUGGACUGGGGUGGACAAAGUUAGAAGUCAUAUGACACCAGGUUUUACUCCAAGUCCUCCUCGCCUGAUGAAGGAGCAGCACUCCAAAAACUUGUGAUUUCAAAUAAACCUGUUGAUAAAAACCUGGUGUUGUACAACUUCUGAUAUAUUCUGAGAAGUUACAGAUUUUCUUACGGCAUUUAUAACAAUGUUUUAACACAUUUGAAAUGCUCUGUUACUUUAUUUAUUUUUUGUCACCAUAAAUGACAGGAAUAAGACUCUGGAUUGAAAAUUACAAAUAAUAUGCAAAAAUGUAACAAGAGCUACAUGCCUGGCUAUUUCCAAAAAUGGUGUUUCAUUCUGUGUUUAAAAAUAAUUAAAAUGCUUCUGAUUACAAUAAAAUCUACUCCAAUAUUUGCUGA